GCUUCUCUUUCCCAUCUUUAUAUAAAUAAAACCACCACUAUCCUCAUCUCCAAUACAGAACAAGAACAAAAAACGUAAGAGACCAUUAACAAAACCUUUUCGUAAAUCUUGAUUGGAGAUAUGGGAUUGUUGCACAAGCUGUGGGAUGAAACGGUGGCCGGUCCUGCGCCCGAAAAUGGUCUGAAGAAGUUGAGAAAUCACAAUUCUGCUACAAAGAAUAGUAACCAGAAGUUGAUGGUGAAUCCUGGUCGUGUCCUGGAUUCGCCCGUUGGAUCAAGCACCCCGGGUUCUCCUUUGACUCCUGGAACACCAAGUGAAACACAUGCCACAAGUCUCAAUGCUUGUGAUUGGAUUGUGCUAAACGCAUUGGACCGUUGAAAGAGAACAAUCUACGAGUGUAUAAGUAACCGAUCCAACACCUACUACGUUCUCUUGUAUUUCUAUGCAGUGACCAUAUUGUUAAAAAUGUAUGCAUGUAAAUAGUAGUCAGUCUCACGUCGCCCUUUUUAGAACUUGUGUUUGUCUUCUGCAUGUAAAUAGUAGUGACCAAGAUGGAUUGUUCUUUGGAAACAUGGUUUCUCUAAUAUGAAAUGUCCCCUUAAUUACUGUUGGUAAUUAAAGAAGAACAUAUUUUGUGAUGUA